AGUAUAUUGCUUUCAUCUGCUAAGACAUAGGUUGGGAGUUCAGCUAGCACAGGGGUGUCAAGCUGCCAGCCUGCGGGCCGGAUGCAUCAUAGCAAAACCGUGCCCACCCCAUUGUUGGCAAUGUAAAAAAAGUUGCAAUACGUCAUGACACAUCAUGUGACAUUGCGAGUUUGACACCCCUGAGCUAGUGGUUGUACAGUGGGUCUGGGGAUUUCACAUUACAGAAUCUCAACAACCCUGUAGUUGUUUCUUUAACAAGAUCCCUGCAGAGCUCUGUCCUCUUGCUGUUUUCUUCCAUGGAAACCAAAGCUCACAGCACUGACAUUCUUACCCAGUUUCACACCACCUUUAUAUUCUCUUCUCUUUUCUUUUCUGGGCAAUGAAUGAAACAGAGGUUCAGUUGUGCAAGAUGUUCCUCUCCACUGAACACCUCCAUGGUAGCAAGAAAUACUCGUUUCUGUUUCACCAUUUACUUCAGAUAGAAAUCCAAAUCCUCUUUCCUGACCAUUUCUACCAUCUCUUGAUGCUUUGCCUCCAUGUUGGAGAGCUCUAAUGAUUUUGGUUUUUUGGCAGUUCGUUUAAUUUGAUCAUCCAGCAAGCAAUCUCAGACUGCUGAGAUUCAACGAAGUGAGACUAAAUCUUUCAAAUGAGCCAUGGACACAGAACCGGAGAACAGCACCAACUUUGCGGGAUUCAUUCUCCUGGGUUUCUCCACCUCACCAGAGUUCAAGGGACUUCUCUUCCCCUUCUUCCUCUGCAUGUACCUGCUUAGCUUACUGGGAAACCUCUUGAUCCUGCUGCUGAUCUUCUUCAAUAGCGACCUUUUUCACGCCCCCAUGUAUUUCUUCCUCAGUCAUCUAUCAUUGGCUGACCUGGGAUUCAGUUCUAAUGCUGUACCCAAGAUGUUGCAAAUCUUGGUCUCCCAGAAAAACACCAUAUCCUAUAGUGGAUGCCUCAGUCAAAUGUAUUUCUUUGUGGUCUUUUGUACCAGUGAUAACUUUCUCCUUGCCUCCAUGGCAUAUGACCGCUAUGUGGCUAUCUGCCGACCACUUCAUUAUUCUAUAAUCAUGAGCUAUAAGCGUUGCUUGAUUUUGGCUGCUGUGUCUUGGCUCCUCUCUUUUUCUCAAGGCCUAUUAUAUGUAUUUACAAUAGCUAAUUUUUCUUUCUGUGGCUCUCGGGAGAUCCCCCAUUUCUUCUGUGACCUCCAUCCUUUACUCAAACUUUCCUGCUCAGACACCUCUUCUGCUGAAGCACUGCUCAUGAUUGAAGGUACUGCAACCAUGUUUGGGCCCAUUAUGCUCAUUCUUCUCUCCUAUAUAUUGAUUAUGUUCAGGGUGUUGAAAGUUCCUUCAGCUUCUGGGAAGUACAAAGCCUUCUCCACUUGCACUGCACACAUCACUACUGUUGCCUUGUUCUAUGGGACUCUGAUGUGCACCUACAUCCGCCCAUCCUCCACAUAUUCUGGCUCUAGGUUGAAAGUGGCUUCAAUAUUUUACACUGUGGUGAUCCCUAUGCUCAAUCCUUUCAUAUACAGCCUGAGGAAUAGUGGGAUUCAUGGGGCCAUGAGGAAAUUUCUAAGGGUUUGGGUGCAGAAGAGGGGAAUCAGAGCAGAACUGAGAGUGCCACAUAAUAAACCUGGAGCCAGUUUGGAAAACAAUGGCUGACAGUAAAAUGAUAUAUAAUGUUCUUUAACCUUCAUAACAUUCCAUACUAUUUAUUAUGUCCUGUGUGUAAAGUUAUCUUCCAAGAUUGUGUGCCAUUAUAAAACUCUAAAAGUUCAGCUGCAUGGCCCUAAUAUAAUUUAUGUACAUAUGGGUUACUUCUAUGCAUUUCACCAGCAUUACUCUUUUAGAUUUAAAUGGAUUAAUCACAUAAAUAACCAUGAGUGUAGAAAUAAGCUACCAUUAUAUUUUGAAGCCCCAGGAAGAAGGUUUGAGUAAUAUUUAAAACAAGAUUUGAUUAAGAGUGCAUUUUUCUUUUUUUAAUGGACAUAUUUGACGUAUUAAUAAAUUUGUCAUAUUUCCACCCAGAUCUUUGGUGCUGUUCCCAUGCUAUUAUCUAUGCUGGGCAGCUUAGCCAAUUUAUUUUUAGCUCUGCCACAACAUUAGAUAAAUCAGAAAUAGUGGAGCUUUGCAACAUUUUUGAUGUGGCUCGCAUCUACUUUGUUGUCCCUUUUGCCCUCUGGGCUUAAGAUGCCAUGGCUCCUGUCCACUUGCCUGCUUAAAAUGUGAAGAGGGUGGUUUCACACCUUCUCUCUACAGUUAUCAGUUUUUCUAUUCAUGCAAAGUGGAAAUGUAAUGGUAUGUGAGGGCUUUCUGGCUCCUGGCUUUUCCAUGCCCCCAGCUGGAGAAUGAUGCAGUGAGACAAUUGCAGGGUGCUGAUCUGUGAAGAUUUAAAGCUUUAUGGAGCCAUAUUUAUUUUUUGCCAAAGGAGCAGAAAUUCACCUAUUAAUAAUGAGCACCAUAAACAGGCAUAGCUGCAAGAUAACAAAUAGGAAAUAAUUCUCUUCAUUCUUCUGAUAUAUCAGCUUGGAAAAUGAAGCCUGAUUGGGAAAUAAAAUAAUUUCGUAAAAUACUUCAUCAUACCAAACUGGCUUCUUAUUCAUCAUGCCUGAGAUUAAUUUUGAAGGUAUUGAUCCAGAGUCAAGUUCUUCUUUGGCAUGUUCUCCAUCACAACUGAGAUUAUUACAUUUCCAGAUAUGGGAAUUUUGUCAUUUAUUUGGAAAUGUAAUGAUCUUUAUAAGGCAUUUUAUAUUUACACUUACAUAUUCAGGUACAUAUUCUAGUAUGUCUGGGACUGUCUACUUCAGGUAGAAUUUGCACAUAUUACAUGAUCAAAUCGAGAGCAAAUGCUCCUGACCCCCCAUUCUGAAAGUGUUUGAAUGAUAUGCACAUGGAUAAUUCUCCUCCCAAACUACUUGCUCUUUAUAUCUGAUGUUCCCUAACCCUGAUGGCAUUUUGCAAAACUUUGGACUUCAAAAAUAAUUCAAUAAUUCAUUGGAGAUGAAGUGAAAUUAGGCUAAGCUUGAACUUUUGGACACAUAAUGUAAAAGGUAAAGAAAAUUCUGGAGAAGACAUCGAUCUCAGAAAAAUUGCAGGCAACUGAAUUGAAAGAGACCCCAACAGAUGAAGUGAUUAGAUAUUAUUUAUCACUGACAUUGUACAAAAGACUAGAGCUACAGGACCCUGGACAGCUCCAUUCCUUUUGCUGAACCGGAGAACCUGCCCAUAGAUCUAGAAUUAUUUUUUUAAUUACUUUCUCCCCGUUAUUUUUCUGCUGAAAGCUAUCAAGGGCUGUACACAACAAACAAAAGCAAAUUACAAAAACAAGAGAAAUAGCUCUAAGAAAAAAAAAUUGAAAAGAAAAUGGAGGAUAAAGGGACAAGGAGAGAUUGAUCUUUGCAUAACAAAAUUUUCAAAAAAGAAACACAAUUUUUUUUAAAAAGCCCUUGUCCAUCUCAAUAAUGUCCAUACCCAUUGCAGAAUCUCAUAACAUUGAAUGUUCUUGCUUUGACACAUAUCUUAUUUUAACUUUGAUCAAAUAAGCAACUUUAUAUUCCUUAUUUUUACUCUGAAAAUUUUAAUCUUUAAAAUUC